AUAGCCGCAGUUGAAUCUUCCGAAACUGACAAGGAGUGGAGUACGUGUCAAGCGUCAAGUGGCCAUGCAGUGGGAAGGCACGGUUGGAGAAGUGACAGUCUGUCUUAAUCUAAACAGGGGAUAGGCUGCUCGCUUCUCCAAGAACACUCGAACAGAACAGGUAUCGCGAAGCACCGGGCGCGAUAUAACAGCGAAGCAGAUCGAGAUCAAAUCGCCGAAGACCUCGGCACCGGAUAUCGGCGAAUUUGAUCCAGUUCGUGAACGAUAACGGAGAAAUCGGCAAAGAUGGCGCAAGGCAGAUCGGAUGCGGAGAGCGGAAAUGGGGGAAAGCAGAGAGGAAAGAGGCUGCGGUCGCGGUCUUACCUCCGUUGGCCUACUUUCCUCAAAUCGUACCGGGAUCGAGCAGCCGCGCCUCCCGUGCAGGAUGGACGGGUAGAAGAAAAUCGUCCACUCCCGACGCAUCUGGUGGUGAUGGUCAAUGGCAUCGUCGGAAGUGCUGCAGAUUGGAAGUAUGCUGCCAAACAAUUCGGGAAAAGACACCCAGAGAAUAUUAUGGUGCACUGCAGUGAAUCUAACUACUCAACAUUGACUUUCCAUGGAGUUGAUGUAAUGGGAGAACGAUUAGCAAAAGAGGUUAUGUCAAUAGUUGCCAGCAAGCCUUUUCUUCAAAAGAUAUCAUUUGUGGGGCACUCACUUGGGGGUUUGGUUGCAAGAUAUGCAAUUGGUAUAUUAUGUGAGAGUGCAGUACCAAAAUUUAGUCCAGAAGAACAUGGUACAUCUGAAUAUCAUCCUGCAGGAGUGAAGUCUGUGGAUGAAAAAAUUGAUGGCAAGAUUGCUGGACUUGAGCCAAUCAAUUUUAUCACUUUUGCAACGCCUCAUCUUGGGUUAAGAUUUCACAAACAGAUUCCAAUCCUUCAAGGUUCCUAUAAGUUAGAAAAGUGGGCAUACCGAACCUGUUGGAUUCUUGGAAGAUCUGGAAAGCAUCAAUUUUUAAGAGACCAAGAUGAUGGGAAACUUCCUCUUCUGGUUCAGAUGGUCAAUGACUGUGGAAAUCUUCAAUUCAUGUCUGCUUUGCAAUCUUUUAAGCGCCGCGUUGCAUACUCGAAUGUUUGCUUUGACUUCAUCGUUGGAAGGAAGACAUCAUCAAUACGGCGUCAACAUGAGCUUCCUAAGCGCCAAGAUUUCAUGAAAAAUAGCCAAUAUCCACACAUUGUUUAUGUCGAAAAACCGACAACUUUUGAUGCCCCUAAGAUGGAUGUUCUGGCAACCACCAAAGAAUUGAGGACUAUUAAUGAUAUGGAAGAUGCAAUGAUUGAUGGUUUGAAUAGAGUUCCUUGGGAAAGAGUAGAUGUUAGCUUCCGUGGAAGUAAACAGAGGUUUUUUGCUCACAGUACCAUACAGGUGAAGACCUACUUGAUAAAUUCAGAUGGAUCUGAUGUUAUAUUCCACAUGAUCGAUAAUUCUCUCUUGUAGCUGGCUUCGAUAAUUAUACAAUUGGCCAUUGAGCAAUCUUAGUUUUCAUCUGUCAACCAACUGUAGCAUUAUCAGUUCUCUUUUUUUUUUGCCAAUUGACCUUUCGCAACAUCACUUUGUGGAAAAUACUGGAGGGAGCAGGCUUUGCAAGGUCUGGUAAAUUAUUUUCUCAACCUUUGAUGCAAUCCCUGCAGCUAAGCUCUUCAUAAAUGUUCUUGUGCCGUUAUGAUCAUGAGUAAUUUGAACAUCAAGAUAAUUUUACCCCAAAUUUUUAUA